AGGAGGCAUGUGGGUGAAGAACUGCAGAAACUCAAGAGAAACAUCCCUCUCAUAAACAUGUAGGAUAUCACACACACACACACGCACACACUGGCAACAGCAGGAUGGACCAGAGAGUUGAACACAGUUUUUAUCCCCCUGAGGGCCAGCCCAGCAGACCCAGAGAUGUGCUUGUUAAGUCAGCCUCAGCAUAUGCAGAUAUCCAAUGGGAACAGCCUCAUCAGCCGAGAAACCCAGACAGGGAUCCAUUUGGUUACCCUCAUCGUGAGAUCCCCCCGUUGGCAAGUUACGCUCCUCAGCCUGAUUACAUGACAGGGGAUGAUGAUCUCAUCAAGCCUAAAAAGCUGAUUAAUCCAGUAAAAGCCUCUAAAAGCCACCAGGAGCUUCAUCGAGAGCUGCUUAUGAACCAUAAACGAGGUAUUGGUGUGGAGAAUAAGCCAGAACUGCAACGUGUGUUGGAGCAAAGGAAAAGAGAGCAGAUGAUAAAACAGAGAAAGCAGGAGGAGGAGGCCAGGAGGAAAAUCUCUCCAUUGGAACAGGAGCUUCUCAAGCGACACCAGAAACUAGAGGAGCUGGAGAAGGAGCAGGCACGACUGGAGGACAGCAACUGCAGCGCUCCGGAAUUCAUAAAAGUGAAGGAGAACCUGAGACGAACGUCGUUUACAAGUUCUGGAGAGAAGGAGGUGUAAACAAAGCCUGGAUCCAUGUGUGUUUGUGCACGGCCAGUAACAUAGAGACCUGCCGCAGCUGCUAAACACCACCCACAAGACUCUGCUUCUCUACUUCCUGUCUCUCACCAACAACACAGUCACCUCUCUCUGUAGCAGGUUCAGAGUGGGCAGAGAUAAGGACAAGACCCAAAGGGUCUCCGCUACACCUUCACAUCAUAAGGAGGUUGAUGGAGACUGCAAGGAGUGUUGCUGUUUUUAUUUUAUUUUUUCCUGCUUUGGGUUUGUCUUGAAGGGUUAAAGAUUGACUGGCCAGGAUGCUUAUGAGUUAGUGUGUAUGCAUGGAUGGACAGCUGUUCUGGUUCUGUCACAUUAGAUGAAAAAGUGAAAACAAGGUACAGGGAUUAGUUUCAGAGUGAAAAAAAAAGCCCAGUCUAUUUCUCUCUAAAUGACAGGCGGAACUUUUGGAAGGCGGCAAUUAGGUAAACAUAUCAGUAUUAUAGACAAAUUGUUGCUUAUCAAACCGCCAAAUAUUUGUUCAUUGCCUAAUUUUAAACAUUGUCUCUUAUACUUAACAAUCAGCACUUGUCACUUUUAAAUGAAAAUAUAAGAACUAUGAUUAUUUUCAGGUUUCAUCACCCUUGAUUUGCAGCGUAACUCUGACAUUACAUAAAUGUUUAAUGUUUAAUAACGUAAGCAUUAAACAUUGAUCAUCACUACAACGAUGUCUAAAACGAUGACACACUUUUACACGAAGCUAACCAUUUAAUUUAACACAUCAGAAAGUUAAACCUGUGUUAAAAUAGGGGAGUUUCUGGUUUGUGCUUACUCCAGUGCCUUUGUUAAAGUAAUGCAACAGGAUGGGCUGCCUGACUGUUACUGUGGUUCAAUAUAUGUUGCAUAGAAUUGUGUUCACAGUCAUAUCUUUAUGAAAUGUUCCCUAAUAAAACUGUUUUACUUUGUUUGGGUUUUCAAAGCACAAAGUAAAAUUGAAAUAAUAUGUCAUUUUCUGGCUCCUGAAGCCAUUGGAUAAUAUAACAUGCAAUGCGUUACGUUAGUUUAUGUUAAUUUAAUUCUCAUGUUGUUGCAGUCAAAAUCAUGAAACAAAUAGAGUUGGCUACUUACAUUUGUAGCUUUAGAUGUGACCUUUUGACUGUUAUAAACACAAAACUUACACAAUAAAGAAAAAGUACACAUGCUUCAUAUAAAUAAAGAUAUUAGUAGUACUUUAAU